AUGACUGUAUUUUUAUAUUUAUGGGUAUUACUUACUUUAAUGAUGCAGGCACUUGUUAUUAAGAAACCAUUAUGCAAAAUUCAAGACCAAUUUAUUUUAAAUGGCUUAUACAAAGAAGGAGAUAUUAUUUUAGGUGCAACAUUUGAAAUAAGCUUUAAAACAGUAGCUCCAGAACUGUCCUUUACAUCUAAACCCCACCAAUGGAAAUGUGGAAGCCCUGAUUAUCAAGUUUUUCAGUGGGCACAGACAAUGGCCUUUGCAAUUGAAGAAAUAAACAAGAAUAAAUCACUUCUCUCCAAUAUUACUUUAGGUUACAGAAUAUAUGAUAAUUGUGUGAAUUUGCCUGUGGCUUUGAGAGCUGCUGUAUCUCUGCUAGGGGGUCUGGAUGACAGCAUCUCUGAUUACAGCUGUGAAGGACUCCCCCCAAUUGUGGCUUUUGUUGGAGAUCCGACUUCAUCAAGUUCCAUUGCAAUAUCAAGGAUACUUGGGCUUUUCCGAGUCCCUAUGGUCAGCUACUUUGCCACAUGUUUGUGCCUAAGUAAUAAAAAAGAGUACCCCUCAUUCUUUCGGACAAUCCCAAGUGAUGCCUUUCAAGUGACAGCCAUGAUGGAAAUUAUUAAACAUUUUAAGUGGACAUGGGUGGGUCUUAUUGCAAGUGAUGAUGACUAUGGUCAGUAUGCAAUGAGGAACUUCAAUGAAGAAAUGAAGGCAAUAGGAUGUCUUGCCUUUUCAGAGACAAUCCCUAAAAUCAUGACAAAGGAAAAGCUUCUUCGUAUUGUCAGUGUUAUCAAGGAAUCCACUGCAAAAAUCAUAGUGGCUUUUUCAACAGGAUUAGAAAUGUCUUUAUUAAUGAAAGAAAUGAUUCAUCAGAACAUCACUGACAGGCAGUGGAUUGCAAGUGAAGGGUGGAGCACCUCCACGUUAUUAGCUGCCAGGGAUAACUUCAAUAUUUUGGGAGGAACCUUGGGCAUUGCAGUCCACAGUGGACAGAUGAAAGGGCUGACAAAUUUUCUUCUUCAAGUACGCCCUGAUUUGGACCCUAAUAACAAUUUAGUUAUGCAAUUUUGGGAAACAAUGUUUGCAUGCAAAUUUGUUGAAAGUGGUAUUAAUGAGAGUGGCUCUAUAAUACCUAACAGUAAAAAGUGCACUGGUUUAGAAAGCCUUGAGGGCACUGACACGGCCUAUAGCGAUGUUUCCAACUCACGAAUUUCUUAUAAUAUUUAUAAAGCAGUAUACUCCUUGGCCCAUGCACUUCAUAAUUUAAUGGCUUGUGAACAUGGAAAAGGACCAUUUGAAAAUAAAAGUUGUGCCAACAUUGCCAGUCUUCAGCCUUGGCAGCUUUUACACUAUUUAAAGAAUGUUGAUUUCAUUAAUCAGUUAGGAGAAAGAGUGGCUUUUGAUGAAAAUGGUGAUGCUCUUGCCAUCUAUGACAUUGUGAACUGGCAACUUGACAACAGUGGAACUGUUAAUAUUAAAACAAUUGGCGUUUUUGACAAAGCUGCAACUUUGGGCAAGGAGCUAUAUCUUCAGGAAAACUCUAUGUUUUGGAAGUUUGACAAUGGAAGAUGUCCACAGUCGAUAUGUAGUGCAAGCUGUUUACCAGGUACCAGAAAAGCAAUAAGGAAAGGACAGCCAGUUUGCUGUUUUGAUUGUAUACCAUGUGCAAAUGGAGAAAUAAGCAUGCAAAAUGAUUCCAUCGAGUGUCUUCAAUGCUCUGACGAUUAUUGGUCAAACCCCGAAAAAACGUGGUGUGUGCUAAAAGAAGUUGAAUUCCUGUCGUAUGAAGACUCCAUGGGAAUCGCUUUGACAACACUUUCUUUAUCAGGAACUUGUCUAUCCAUUUGUGUGUUGACAACUUUCAUCUAUUACCGAAACACACCUGUUGUGAAAGCAAACAAUUCCGAACUCAGCUUCCUCUUACUCAUAUCUUUAACACUAUGCUUUGUUUGUGCAUUAUGUUUUAUUGGAAAGCCAUCCCAUGUCACCUGUAUGCUCAGACAUGUAAUGUUUGGGAUCAGCUUUGUUUUGUGCAUUUCUUGCAUUCUUGUGAAAACAAUUGUUGUAAUAAUGGCAUUUAAGGCUACACUGCCUGGUAACAACAUUAUGAAGUGGUUUGGUGCUGCCCAGCAGAGAGGUACAGUUUUCUUCUUUACAUUUAUUCAGUCUUUAAUAUGUAUAAUAUGGUUGUCUACAGCCCCACCCUUUCCGGCUAGAAAUUCUAAGUAUAUCAAUACAAAAAUUAUUCUGGAAUGUGACAUUGGGUCUUUGACAGGCUUUAGCUGCCUCCUGGGGUACAUUGGACUUUUGGCUUGCAUUUGUUUUUUACUGGCUUUCCUUGCAAGAAAUCUGCCAGACACUUUCAAUGAAGCCAGAUUCAUUACUUUCAGCAUGCUUAUAUUCUGUGCAGUCUGGAUAACAUUCAUUCCAGCCUAUAUUAGUUCACCAGGAAAAUAUACAGUAGCUGUGGAAAUAUUUGCUAUCUUAGCAUCAAGCUUUGGAGUGCUAUUGUCAAUAUUUGCUCCAAAAUGUUACAUCAUCCUACUUAAACCAGAAAAAAAUAACAAGAGAGUUCUAAUGGGAAGAUGA